AUGGAGGCCAACCCAAUAACAACCAUAACGGACCUCGCACCACUCAAACUGCCCUCAUCUUCACAAACGGCCGACCUCCAGCAUCUGCACACAUUAAUGCAUCUCCUUCACCACCGGAACCACAAUCAACAUCGUCGCAGCACUUGGUAUCGCCACUUCAACAUCUUCCGCCGCCAUCUAGGUACUAUGCUGGAACACCUCACAACUCUAUCACAUGUGCCUACCACAAACCUCGCGCGGCACAAGAAGAAAACAGAAGACGAGGCUUUGCGACUGAGGAUACAGCAAACGGUGUCUUUCUGGCGAGACGUGCUGGUGCCAAAGACACAACAUGCGUUUGGACAACUAAUUGCCGAUGGACGGUUUGCAGUGUUGGGUGUGGUGCUGAUGGCAAUCUUGGGGCACGUAUGCAGGGUUUUUGGGUUAAUCUCUGUCUACGAAGAACUAGGAGAGGAAGAGACAAGAAAAGCCAUCGAGGUAUUUGCUGCUGAGGGAUGGGGCGAAGAUGAAGGAGUGGGUGUCCUUGUACCGCGAGAAGCAGAGAGAAGAGAAGAUCUGGGCGAGGUUUUGACAAGAGAGGACAGCGAAGACGAGGACGAUACAACAACUACAAAGGCAAAAGCCACAGAGAAAGAGUUAAGGAAGACCGAGAGUGGCUGUCUGGGUCCUGAACGCGAUAUGCUGGAGCAAAGUCGUAAGGCACUGAAAGCCAUGGCUACCAGCAAGCCAUCUGUCACAUCUUCUCGAGAGUCCAGCAUACCUCCGCCAACCAAGACGAAAACAAGCAAGAAACUCAAGACCGUGGAUCACGACAGCAAACCAAAGCCUACCAAAGUCCUACCUGCCGUCAACUGGGAUGACAAUUCCACGACACCAUUACCAAAGACAUCAUCAAAAACUGCUACCAAGUCUUCAGAGCCGGUUGUCACUCCAUCGACAACGAGCUUGAAGCCCAAGAAGAAAAGGCCGAAGCCAGAGGAAGGAGAGGGUGCUGCUAGUGCUGCAAAGCCACUCAAGAAGAAGAAAAAGAAGAAUGCUAUUGAUGACUUGUUUGCAGGGUUGUAG